AUGUUAACCAAACCGGAAAUAGCGUGUGCCAUCAUUGAAGGUAUAUCAUCUGUGAGAGAAGAUGAAGAACUCCAGGAUUUCGUUGUUGAAGUGGAAGGCAAAGAAUUUAAAUGUCAUCGGCUGAUACUCAGCGCGUGUUCUGGAUUUUUCCGUGGUCUUCUCAGGUCUGGGAUGAAAGAAUCGCAGAAACUUAGAACAAAGCUUGAGGGCGUCUCCAUGGAAACAUUCACUGACAUUUUAGAAACUCUCUACACCGGAUGUAACAACCUGACACGUGACAACGUGUUAAAUGUUUGGCUGGCUUCAGAUCAACUUCAAAUAACAGUUGUAUUUGAUAAUUGUGUAGAUUUUAUAACAAACAAUAUUUGCAAUGAAACUGUCAUCUCAGUUUGGGAAAUAGCAUCUCAAUUAAUGCACAAAAAUAUCAUAGAACUGUGUACAACAUUUAUCAGUAACAAUACAUCGCUUGAAAACUGGGAAAUUAUAUAUCUGACUUCAAACUCUUUGGGUUCAGAUUUGAUUUUGUCUCAUGUUCGAGAUUUCAUCAAGAAAAAUUACGAACACGUCAUCAAUUCUGAAACAUUUCUUUGUCUUAGUGAAACUUAUUUACUUGAAAUUAUAAACGGUCAAGAUCUGAUUGUAUCAACUGAAGAUGUUGUUAUUGAGUCUAUUCUAAAUUGGGUUAACAAUGGAAGUCAAAUUAAAUCU